GCAUCAUGUGACCAUUUGGCGGCGAGAGCUGAUGACGCAUGAGCCUGCGCUCGGCGUUUCAGCUACAAGGGAAAGGAGUUAAGCAAGGAGUUGGGGUCUUGUGUGGGAAGUCGGGGUGCAGCCAGACGGAUCUAGGUCGGGCAGCCAGGUAAUAAUUUCAAGAUGCCAGGACGUUCCAGUUCAAAUUCAUGUUCAACUGGUUUUAUAUCCUUCAGUGGUAUAGAAUCUGCUCUCUCCUCGUUGAAAAAUUUCCAAUCCUGUAUCACCUUCGGAAUGGACACAGCCUCUAGUGUUGCUCUGGAUCUAGUCGAAACUCAAACUGAAGUGAGUAGCGAAUACAGUAUGGACAAGGCAAUGGUUGAAUUUGCUAUGAUGGAUCGGGAACUAAACCAUUAUGUAAAAGCUGUUCAAUCUAUGAUAAGUCAUGGUUGGGAGAACAGCAUAAAAUUAGAAUCAGACAGCUGAUUGCCCAGCAGGAUGUCAUCAACUAUCCAAGCACAGAGCCUGAAGGACCCUGAGAUUGCAAAACUCUUCUCCAAAGAAGAUCCAGAGAAGCGCUUCACAAAUCUCAGAAAAGUUGGCCAGGGAGGCUAUGGAACAGUGUUCUUUGCACGAGAUGUGCACACCCAUGACAAGGUGGCUAUCAAGAAAAUACCUUUUACUGGAAAGAGGGCUAUGGAGUGUUGGCAGGGUAUUAUUAAGGAAGUCAGUUGCCUACGAACAUUAAAACAUCCCAACAUUGUAGAAUACAAAGGCUGCUAUUUAUGUGAGCACAGAGCAUGGCUUGUAAUGGAAUAUUGUUCAGGAUCUGUUUCAGAUUUGUUGGAAUUUCACAUAAUGCCAUUACAAGAAAUGGAAAUAGCAGCAAUUAUACACGGUGCUCUUCAGGGAUUAGCCUACUUCCAUUCUCGUGCCAGGAUCCAUAGAGACAUCAAAGCAAGAAAUAUCCUUCUGACACCACGAGGCCAGGUGAAACUUGCUGACUUUGGAUUUGCUUCCAUGGCCUCUUAUUCCAAGACUUUUGUGGGAACACCGCAUUGGAUGGCCCCAGAAAUAAUUUUAGGCAGGAAUGAAGAACAAUAUGAUAGCAAAGUAGAUGUAUGGUCUCUGGGGAUAACAUGUAUUGAAAUAGCGGAAAGGGAGCCUCCUUUAUUUGCUCUGAAUGCAAAGCGUGCCUUAAAGCUCAUUACCAGAAAUAACCCCCCUACACUACAGUCUAAUGAAUGGUCCAGUUCUUUUCACAACUUUGUAGAGGCUUGCCUCCAGAAAAACCCUAAAGAUCGCCCUACAUCAAAGACACUUUUAAAGCACCCAUUUCUUCUUCGGGAGCGCCCUACAACAGUGUUAACAGAUCUCCUUCAAAGGGCAAAGGAAGAAAAAAGAAGAAUGCUGGACGAUCUGUGCAAUCAAAAGACGAAGAAGGUCCUUUCCCAGGAGGCACAUAAAGGGCCAGCAGAAGAAGCACAGGAAGAAAAGGACCAAGAUCACGGUGUUGGACAGGCAGGAGCAGUGCACAAUAUUGGAAGUCAUCAGUCUGUUCCCCGUAUGUGCAGCAGGACCAGGAGUCAAAGCGGUGGGGUUGACAUUCUUCAGGAUGCCUCGGGUAACAAGGAUGAGCUACCCGUGAUGGAGGGAAUCGAAACAAUUACGUCUAAUGAUUCUGCCAUCCGUUCAAGACCUGUUACAAGGGAAAUGCCAGAACAUGAGCAGGAAAGUCAGCUCAGAGAACAAAUGUCUGGCUGUAAGACAAUGACAGAGCAACAUCAGAAACAGCUCAUGAAUCUGGAAAAGAAGUUAAAGGCUGAGAUGGAUGAGCAUCGCCUCAGAUUAGAGAAAGACCUUGAAACUCAGCGUAACACCUUUGCUGCAAAAAUGAAGAAGCUUCUCAAGAAACACCAGGCGGCAGUGGAAAAAGAGGCUAAAGUGAUGUGCAAAAAGGUGAAAAAAUUUCAGCAACGUAUUCAGGCUGAGCAGAAGAAAGAACUGGAUAGCCUUUUGAAGACCCAGAAGAGAGAAUACAAACUUCGAAAGGAACAGCUUAAGGAGGAGCUGAAUGAAAACAAGAGCACCCCAAGAAAAGAAAGAGAGGAAUGGCUUUCAAAGCAGAAAGAGAACAUACAGCAUUUCCAAGAAGAGGAAAAGACCAAUCUUCUUCAGCAUCAGAGACGGUACCUAGAGCUGCAAUGCCGUCUCUUCGAAAGAAAGUUGUUACUUGGGUGCCACAACUUGGAGCAGGACCUUGUCAGGGAGGAAUUAAAUAAAAGAAAGGAUCAAAAGGACUUAGAGCAUGCAAUGCUACUGCGACAGCAUGAAUCCACGCAAGAACUGGAGUUCCGCCACCUCAACACAGUGCAGAAGAUGCGCUGUGAGUUGAUGAGUCUGCAGCAUCAAACCGAGCUCACUGACCAGCUGGGGCGUAAUAAACGGAGAGAGCGAGAACUAAGGCGGAAGCAUGUCAUGCAGGUUCGACAGCAGCCGAAGAGUCUGAAGCCGCAUUUGGAUGAAGCACAGGAGGCAGAGUGCCAGGCUUUGAAAACGCAGCUGCAGCAGGAACUGGAGCUGUUGACUGAACUUCAGAGCAAGAUCAAAAUGCAGGCUGAGGCACAAGACGCUCAGGAGCUUCGGGAGCUUGAACAGAGGGUCUCCCUCCGCAAGGCACUCUUAAAACAACAGAUUGAAGAAGAGAAACUGACAUCACAGAAUGAGUGCACUGAAAGGAUACGAAGCCUGCUGGAGCGUCGAGCAAAAGAGAUGAAAACUAUCGACUUUGAAAGCGAGGGACUAGGUUUUAGAAACAUCCAUUCUAACCUUGCCCCUGAAGCAUUCAGCCACAGCUCCCCCAGAGCUCCUCACAGGGGGCAUCCCAUAGGUGGCCUACCACAAGCCUGGGGCCAUCCAGUGCAAGGUGGGUCCCCAGCCAUGCAGGUCACCCUUCUGAGCCAAUGCAUGGGGUACCCCGAGGUAGCACUAUGGGAGUUCGCAAUAGCCUUCGGGUUCUGAGGCGGACAGCUGCCGGAGGAUGUACGGAACACGGCAUGAACUGAAGCACCAGUGUCACUUGACAAAUAUCCAAUGGGUCACACAUGUCUCACACGUAACUUAAUAUUUGAGAAUGGCGAGGAGGAGCCAAGAUGGUGCCGUGAGUAGGACAGCGGAAAUUUCCUCCCAAAAACAUAUAUAUUUUUGAAAAUACAACCAUUCCUAAAACAGAGACCAGAAGAUACAGUACAACAGCCAGGCUACAUCUACAUCUGCGAGAAUCCAGUGCCUCGCGAAGGGGGUAAGAUACAAGCCGUGGCCCGGCAGGACCCGAGUGCCCCCCACCCCAGCUCCCGGCAGGAGGAGGAGAGUCAGAGCGGGGAGGGAGAGGGAGCCCAGGACUGCUAAAUACCCAGCCCUAGCCAUCCGCACCAGAGCACGGACACACAGUGCGUGGUGUGCUGGAUACUAGGGAAACUGAACAGUAAAACCUGCGAGCGGGUCCCCACAGCCAGCGCACCUGGAACAAAAGAAAAGCAAGUGCUUUUUGAAGGUCUUAAAGGGACAGGGGCCUCACAGCUGGAUGGAGGCGUCCCAGCACACUCAGCCGAGCAGCUGGGAAUCCCGGGGAAGUCCAGGCGCCCCAACGCCCUGGGCGACAACGCAGCUCGGAGGCCCUCACAGUGAUAAACAGCCUCCCACCCAUUUCCCCUCUGGUGCGGCCCCACCAGCGCAGAGCAGCAGCCUAAAAGUGGCCACGCCCACAACAACCAUGCGGAGCUUACUCCACAGUAGCGGGGCAAGAAUCAGAGACCCAUCUGCACACAGCUGCCCAGUAAAAGCCGCUGGGGGUCACCGUUCUCCCAGGAAAGGAAGGCCAGGAGCAAGUGGAAAGGGACUUUGAUCUCCCAGCUGACACACAUGCCAACUGCCUACGACUACCUCUAUCACCAUGAAAAGGCAGAAGAAUUUGAUACAGACCAGACUAACCCAGACAUCCUCCCCCGAGAGGGAAUCUGAGGAGAUAGAUUUAACCAAUCUUCCUGAAAAAGAAUUCAAAAUAAAGGUCAUAACCAUGCUGAUGGACUUGCAGAGAAAUAUGCAAGAGCUAAGGAGGGAGAAUACAGAAA